GGCUUGUAUUUUUAGAAACAAUCAUGACUCAAACUUUGACUCAAAGCUUACUCAGCAAGCACUUAACUUGGCUACAUAUAAACAGAGCUCCCAGCUAGCUGUAGCAGCCCAGUACUAUUAAAACUUCCAGAGCUAUAUCCUACUUCGUCAUGGCAGACCAGCAGAGGAGUAAAACCACCAGCACAACAACAGGUGGCUUGUCUGCACUGUUCAACAGACCCAAGGCUGAAUUUGUUGCUAAGCAGGGUGAAGAUAUUAGUAUCUCUCCACAACCCUCCGACCUCAUCUACAUCAGAAAAUGCAACCAGUGCAAGUUCCGUGUUCACAAGAAAGCAGCGAAAUGCAUCAUUGAAUCGUGCAGUGAUGUAAGGGUUGAGCUGGAGGACUUCCUCAUCUCAGGAACUCUGGUAAGAACCUGUUUUAUUGAAAUGAUAGACUGUACGUCUGUGACCAUUUCCAUCAACCCUCAAGACCCACUACCCACAGUGUCAGCCGAGAGAAGUAGCGACAUCCACGUCUACUAUUACGACCCUCGAGCAUUCGGCUCUUUGUUCACGGUUGACUGCACCAACGUUUUCAUUCACUUCCAGCCCCCCCACAGAGAGGAGUACAAGUUGGACCUCCCCUCAGAAAAGCUCGACCAGUACGUCACUGAAAUGAGAAACAGCAAAAUGAUCGUCUCCAAGGUGAUUAGAGAGGGAUGUGGUCACGCUACUACUGCUGAAAAACAGAAGAUUGCCGCGAAAAAAGAAGCAGAAAUGCAACGCCAGGUUGAAAGUUAUCUCACAAAGCUCAUCACAAUCAAACCAAAGUCAAGCGUAGCCCCUGAAGCCAAGCCACACAUCCAGGCUGCACCCCCUCAGGAAAAACCCAAGACCACCAAUUCUCAGACAAAGCAGAUUGCUGAGUCAGUAACUCCCCAGGAGGCUGAUCCCAAUGAGAGCGUUCUUGCCCACGCUUUACAGGCCAGAAAGAAUGACCUUAAACCAACAGAGACUGUUGAGCGAUCUCUGCCGGUGGUCGGUGUGGAGGAGGAUCAACCUAGUGGGAGGUCACAGUACAACAUAGAGGAGGAGGAGUCCAAGAGAGAGUACUUUGACAGUGCAGAGGCCUUGGAGAAGAAGGUGUCCAAGGUCGCAGACUGGGUGAAGGCCAGCAACCAUAUUAUCGUGUUCACUGGCGCCGGAGUUAGCACGAGUGCUGGUAUUCCAGAUUUCCGUAGUGGUAUGGACACGGUGCUGAAGACAGGUCCCGGAGUUUGGGAGCUCAUGGCACACAAGUCGAAGGGAAGGGAGGGCAGUGAGACUACAACAAUGCUACAAGCCCUCCCCACACCCACACACAUGGCCAUUGUUAAACUACAAGAAACUGGAGUCGUCAAAUUCACCGUCUCACAGAAUGUGGAUGGUCUCCAUCGCCGGAGUGGACUAGGACCCUCCCAACUGGCCGAGUUGCAUGGCAACACAAACCUGGAGACAUGUCACAAGUGUCAGCGACAGUACCUAAGGGACUUUGAAACAAGGGAAGCGUAUGACGUGUUUGACCACAAAACCUCUAGGAACUGUGACAACCCUAAUUGCAGGGGCUACCUCGAGGAUUCCAUCAUUAACUUUGGCGAAAACCUCCCAGACAGGGAGCUCACCAACGCUUUCAAGCAUGCCGGGAAAGCAGACAUGUGCAUAGUGCUGGGGAGCAGUCUGAGAGUACGGCCGGCCUGUCUGGUUCCAGAGGAGGUGCUGAAGGCUGGGGGGAAGGUCGUCAUUAGCAAUUUGCAGAGGAUCCCUCAGUUCCCCCCCAACAACCGCACCAUGCAAGUGUUCGCCAAAUGUGAUGACUUCAUGUCUGCCCUGAUGGGUAAACUAGGACACGACAUUCCUCCCUUCACACUCAAGAGACGAGCCCGCAUUGCCAUGGAAACCAAGGAGGGUGGGAGCAGCGUCCAAGUGACAGUGACUGGCCUAGAUCGCGAUGAAGAUCUUCCGUACUCCUUUAUCAAGUGUGUGACCAUUGAGCACGAGGGCAAGACAUACGAGGCCUCAGAGGAGCCUCUCUCUCUCACACUGCCCACUCCCAGUCCCUCCGAGCUGGUCCUACAUUUCCACGGUCACUAUGGGGAACCUCCGCUGAGUAUCAGCCCUGUCCCAGGAUCUCACCUCUACUCUAUGAUUUAUAAUCCUCUGAGCCGGGAAUGGGGAGUAAAGAAAGAGUAGACGCUUAAGCUUAACAUUAGGACAAUAAAAUAAUGUGUUUUUUUAUUUUUAGAUGACAAUAAUAUUAUGCUCAUUCCCUAUUUUUUAGCUGGUAAUUUUUUAGAAGAUCUUGCAAUAAUAUUUUUAUACUGAUUUAGUUUCACUAUUAUAUGAUUAUUGAUGGUUCAA